CAAUAGAUAAAGUCGGUCUGUUAAGAGCUCUUCCGGCCCGGUCUCGUAAUAAACCCCUUUUAAUCCAAUUCCAUCUCUUGAAAGCAUUCUGUUCCCCUCGCGCCGGGCUAUCCCAUUUCUUCGCCCGCUUCAGAGGCCUCCGACCGCAAGAAAGCAUGACAUCUCUAACAUCUAUAACAGGGCCUACACUCACAAUUUCAUCCAAGAGCUCACCAGGAAAAGCGAAGAUUUUGCAGGCCCAGAGGCUCGAACUUGCCAAGUCUGGUCUUGCAGUACCCUGCACCAAAUGUCAGCCAUGUCAAAACAGACCACCCACUCAGCGGCUGCGCUCUAGCACAGUGAUCUGUGCUGCUGCUUUGAGUGUGAGAUGUGCAGCAGAGCAAACACAGACUGUCACACGCCAGUCAUCAACAAUUACAAUUGCUCCCAUCCAAGGAAAAGAGAAGUCUCCAGAGCUCGAUGAUGGGGGUACUGGAUUCCCACCUCGUGAUGAUGAUGAUGGUGGUGGAGGGGGCGGUGGUGGUGGAGGUCAUCAUUGGUCAGGCGGUUUCUUCUUUUUUGGUCUGCUUGCAUUCCUCAGCUUCCUGAAGGAUCAAGAGAGCGAGGGACCGUACAGGAAUGAUAGGAGAAGAUGAUUGAUCCAGCCCAGCAUGGUUUACCGAUAAUAAUAUGAUAAUAUGCUAAUGUACACAUGUAGUGCAUCUUGUGUGCCUAUCUUUUAUCAAAAGUGGGGGAUCAAAACAACAAGAAAGAUGAAAAAAGAGAGGACGUUGAUGAUUUAAUUUCCUACAUCUCAGGUCUAUUAAUGCAUGGAAGUGUAUUGAAGGUCCACUGGACAUGCAUGGUGAUGUUUAGGUGGGAAUGGUCCAUUUUGAACUGAAAAGUAAUACAUGCAUAUUUGUUCUCUAAUGGAUUAGUUUGCUAUUGUACCUGGUGCAAGAAAUCUUGCCCUCCAAAUUAGAUAUGUAUUUCUUGUUCGAUAUUUUAUUUUGGAUGUGGUUAGAUGCCUCAAUUGCCAGGAUUGAGUGUUGCUGCUUAAUCCUGAAA